CCUUGGCGACUACGUUGUAUCGCUAGCCGAGAUAACAGGAUAUGCAGCUGACCUGACGCACCCCAUAUACCGCAACCAGGCCUCUCUGCCUCCGGUGCCUUGUCACGUGGUCCGAGGCAUCAGGAUCAUCAUGGAAAGAGGCAGGGGGGCCUUGAAGAAAACCUCUCUCAUGACACUCCGCAUACUAUAUCCUGCUGCUUCACCACGUACUCCCAGAAGCCGCUCUGGCAACUCUCAUCGCCAUGGCGCGCGACAUCUGGUCAGAAUCUGGUCUUUGGGCCAACCUGCUUGGGCUGGUCAUCCCCAUUUUCGUCUGUCUGGCGGUUGUUGCAGCUAGCCGCUGGGCAAUAUCCCCCGCCCCCGCCCCCGCUGCGACUGUCAUGAGGCCGCCAAAGCCCCCCAAAAGCCUGACGUUUCGGGUCGACGACAUUCCGGUUGAACACGUUGAUGACCUCGAUCGCAACAUUCAGUCCAUUGCCGAGCGCGACGCGGAUCUGCACGGCGCCGCCUUUACCCGUCGUUCCCUUGGGCACAGUGACAAAGAACACGUGUGUGCAACCGUCACGACCACCACAACUCUCUCGGGAAAGGACUUAUGUUCGCGGUUGGCCCAAGCCGGAAAGGAUUUCCCCUACAGUUAUAGUUGUGACUUUGACGGCAUCACGCCCUUAUACGAAGACACAAAUGGCGUAGCGGUAGAUAUCGUCGCCGUGCCUGGUCUUGGAAGUCACCCGCUUGGGUCUUGGAAAUCCCCUCACAAUGAUGACGUCUGGCUGCGGGACUUCUUGCCGAAGGACGUGCCCAACAUCCGAGUGCUGAUCUAUGGCUACGACACGACGCUGCCAGGCAGCCGCUCCAAGCAAUCCAUCGAGGACUUGGGCGGAACCCUAGUAGAGCGACUCGUUGAGUUUCGCGCAAGAGACAGUACAACUCGCCGACCGCUCAUCUUCAUUGGACAUAGCCUGGGUGGCCUGCUUAUCAAAGAGGCUCUUAUCCGCGCUCGCAAUUCACGCGAUGUUCAAAUCGCCGACCUUGCCAAGACAUGCUACGCCCUUCUCUUUUUCGGCGUUCCAAAUCUCGGCCUGCGCAAUGAACAGCUCAGGACCAUGGUCUGUGGCCAACCGAACGAGGCUCUGGUGCACGAUCUGGUUGUCGAUAACGACUCUGAAGCCUCGACUUUCCUCAAGAGACUUGCUGAUGACUUUGCUGAGAAAUGCAAGGAUCACUAUCGCGUGAUGUCGUUUUUUGAGCGUAUGCUCAGCCCAACUGUACAGCGUGACGACGAAGGCAAUUGGCGAAAGACGGGUCCGGCUUCCUUGCUAGUGACACAAAAGUCUGCAACUGCCACAGGCAUAGUAGCAGUAGCUGACGAAGACAACAUUGCUCUUAACUCAGACCACUCUGGGAUUGUCAAAUACAGCUCUAGAGGUCAGGGAGACUACCCUAUAGUAAGAAGAAGACUCAUAGAUUGCGUUGAAAGAGCGAUCCUAGACGUGCCCAGGCGAUUUGCCGAACACAGCUUUGAGCAUCUCAACUCCAGAACAGUCGAAGAUUGUAUGAAGUCGCUGGCGUUUGAGGAAAUUGACGGUCGACAGAACGGCAUUGAAGCUGCCGCCGCCGGUACCUGCCAAUGGCUCCUGAGUCACGAGACUCUCACGGCCUGGACUCGCCAACACCGGGGCUUGGUAUGGAUCAAAGGCAAGCCUGGAGCUGGCAAGUCGACUUUAAUGAAGUACGCCCUCGAGAAGGUCCCAUAUCUUUACGAGACGCAGCCGCUGGUUCUUUCUUUCUUCUUCCAUGGACGUGGCCAUGAAUUGCAGAAGUCGUUGCUCGGCCUCUUUCAGUCCCUCCUGCAUCAGCUGUUGAAACACGUUCCGGGUACACUCUCUGACUUGAUCGAUCAUUUCGACCACAACCGGAAAACCGUAGGCGAAGCUGGAAAAAAAUGGCAAUGGCAUGUUCCAAUGCUGCAGGCUUUCUUCCAGUCAUCGCUUUCGAAGAUUCUGAAACAUCGUGCAGUUCUCGUCUUCAUAGAUGCGCUUGACGAGUGUGGAGAAGAACCUGCUGUCCAGCUUAUCGAGUUCCUCAAGCAGACUCUCUCAGGCCUCGCAUCAGAAGAUUCGCAAUUCAGCAUCUGCUUUUCCUGUCGCCAUUACCCUAUCAUUGAGCUUGAAGGUGGAUCAACGAUACCCAUCGAUCAGGAAAAUGGCAAGGACAUUGAUACGUAUGUUCAAACCCAUCUUCCGUCAGAGCAAGACUCGGAUCUCCAAAGCCUCUUGAGCCAGCGAGCGCAAGGAGUCUUCAUGUGGGCUCACCUCGUUGUCAAACGUGUUUUACAAAUGAAGCGUAACGGCAAGUCUCCAAGUAAAAUCAAGCGUGAGGUUGAGCGAGUCCCGCAGAAACUGGACGACCUUUACUACGACUUGCUUCAACAUUUGGACUUGGAGGACCGUCCUGGGACCCUACGACUGCUGCAAUGGGUCUGUUUCUCGACCCGGCCAUUGACAACGGACGAGUUGCCAUGGGCAAUGACGAUUGAUCCAGACAACCCAAACCAAACGCUCGAUGAUUGCAAACAAUCUGACGAAUUCAUUUCAAAAGACGACAUGCACCAGAGAGUCACAUCCCUUAGCUGUGGACUUGCAGAAGUAGCGCCUUCCGAAAGUUCUUACGUUGUUCAGUUCAUCCAUCAGUCAGUCAGAGAUUUCUUCAUCGAACGGGGGUUGUCGGCUCUCGAUGAUACCAUUGGAACAGCCAGAUCGGUAGUACCUGCCAUCAAUUGCCGUCUGUUUUUUCAAUGCAUCAGUUACUUCAAAAUGACUGUCUCUUCACAUACCGGGGAUUUCUGCGAAGAAGAUACCUUCAAUUUCCCCUUUUUGGUCUACGCAUCAACAGCUUGGAAAUCACAUGUGAAGCUUGGCGAGACAACAGAAAUAUAUACAAAAGACAUUCUCGACUCUUUUUGUGGGCCUUCGAGUUCCUUGGUGGACCAAUUGGUAAAGGCAAGUAGGAUUUUUGACAGGUGGUCACCGUUUUGGCUACCUCCAGGAGCUAGUCUGGUGCAUAUUGCAUCCAUACACGAUCUACAAAAGCUUUUGCAGUUCAUUAUAGAGCAUACCGAGGCGAAAAUUGAUGCAAAGAAUCGUGCCGGCGAAACGCCACUGUCUCUCGCAGCUCGGCGUGGCAAUAAAGCAAUAAUUAUCAUACUUCUUGAUACAGGCAAGGUUGACGUCAACUCAAGAAAUAAUUAUAGCUGGACGCCGCUAUCUUGGGCAGCUAGACAUGGGCACAAGGGAGUUGUUAAGAUACUUCUUGAUACAGGCAAGGUUGACAUUAACUCAAGAGAUAAUUAUGGCCAGACGCCACUAUAUUUAGCAGUUAUGAAUAGGCACGAGGGAGUUGUUAAGAUUCUUCUUGACACAGGCAAGGUUGACAUUAACU